UUUCAGAGAAUUUCGAGUAGACUUGAAUCAAACUUGGUCGGUUGUGAUUUCUAAAAAUUAGCAACUAAUAUUUAUUUGAAACAACGCAGAUCUCACUCGAUUGUAUUCACAAGUAGGGAUGGUGCUUGUUCUAGUGUUAGGUGAUCUUCAUAUUCCUUAUAGAAAAAGUGGAUUACCUGCUAAGUUUAAGAAAUUACUGGUUCCUGGGAAGAUACAACAUAUAUUAUGCACAGGAAACUUAUGUACAAAAGAAUCAUAUGACUACUUGAAAACAUUGGCUAGUGAUGUUCAUGUUGUCAGAGGGGACUUUGAUGAGAACAUUACUUACCCAGAACAGAAGGUUGUAACAGUGGGUCCAUUUAAGAUUGGUUUGUGUCAUGGACAUCAAAUUGUUCCUUGGGGUGAUCCAGAGUCUUUAGCAAUGGUUCAGCGUCAGCUUGAUGUUGAUAUUUUAAUUACUGGUCAUACACAUCGGUUUGAAGCCUUUGAACAUGAAAAUAAGUUUUACGUAAAUCCAGGUUCAGCUAGUGGUGCUUACAACCCACUUGAUUUGAAUAUUGUUCCAUCGUUUGUUCUUAUGGAUAUACAAGCUGGUAUCGUUGUUGCCUAUGUUUACCAGCUUCAUGGAGAUGACGUUAAAGUUGACAGAAUUGAAUAUAAAAAAUAAUAUUUCUUUAGUUCUCACUUAUUUUUAUAUUAUGAAUAUUUUGUUUUUACAGAUCGGCUUAGUUGAAUUUUUGAAUUUUUUUUUACAAUGUAUAAAAAUAUAAAUACAAUUUAAUAAAAUAAAAUAUCUUUUAAGAGCUCUUGAUGUCUAAAGUCAUUAUAUUUAAUAAAAUCUUUGUCUAUAAUUUUUGUAUAAAGAAACCAGGUUACCGGUUAGAAUCGGGUACACUUAAAGAACCGAAAUUAUGCAACUUGUAAAGAUAAUAGUUAAUGUAAGUAAAAAAUGGCUUUCUAUUUUAUUAUCAAUGUUUGUGUUUUAACAAUUCAUCAAUUUUUUUAAA